UAUGGCCUUUUCCCGAUCCCCCCUUCCUCACCCUGGUGGCGUGGUGCAUGCUGUGCGUGGCUGUAGCCCAAGAUGAGGAAGUAGAGGUAGAGGUGGCACCUGAGGCCGAGGCCGAGGCCGAGGUAGAGGCCGAGGCCGAGGUAGAGGCCGACCCAGAGCCAGUUCCAGAGGUGGAGGAGGAGGAGGUGGUGCAUGAGGAGGAAGAGGCCUAUGAAGAGGAAGGGGAGGAAGGAGAUCAAGAUGAGGAAAAGCCAAAGUUCAAACCCAGUGCGCCAAAGAUACCUGAUGGCGACAAAGUUGACUUUGAUGACAUCCAAAAGAAACGCCAAAACAAGGACCUGGUUGAGCUGCAGACCCUGAUCGACGAUCACUUUGAGCACAGGAAGCAAGAGGAAGAGGAACUCAUUGCCCUGAAAUCAAGAAUAGAGAAGCGUCGGGCUGAGAGGGCCGAGCAGCAGAGAGUUCGCUCUGAGAAGGACAGAGAACGGCAGGCCAGACGAGAGGCCGAGAGGAUCAGGAAGGAGGAUGCUGAGGCACAGAGGAAGGCUGAGGACGAUGCAAAGAAGAAGUCCGCCCUGACAAACAUGGGGUCUGGAUACAGUGGUCACCUGCAGAAGGCUGAGCAGAAGAGAGGGAAGAGGCAGACGGAAAGAGAGAAGAAGAAGAAGAUCCUUUCGGAGAGAUGCAAACCGCUCAACAUCGACCAACUGAGUGAUGACAAGCUAAGAGAAAGGGCACAGGAGCUGUGGGAAGCAAAGCAUAACCUGGCGUCUGACAAGUAUGACUGCCUGGAGAAACUGAACAGGCAGAGAUAUGAGGUCAUCUCUCUCAGAAACCGUAUUGACGAGCUGCAGAAGCACAGCAAGAAGGGAGCCGCAGCCCGCCGCAGGAAGUAGAGCCAUGCUCCGCCGCUGGGGAAGAGGCCUCGCGAUCACCAGGCCCCGCAGGACCAGGCGAGAUCUGUGCAAAGAACAUACACUGGACUGCUCUUACCGUCUUAUUAUUAUGUUCUACGACAAUAUCUAUUAUUAAACUGAAGUCACCUAUUUCUAUUGUUCCUCAAUACCGGACCGCUGUUAUAUUCUGAUUUUUUUUGUAAAUACAUGUGACUGACCCUCCAGCUGACUUGUAGCUCUGCCCUUUACAGCGCAAUAAACUCCCUCAUACAGAA